AUGCGAGAUACUGAAUCAGAGGAUAGCGACGAGGACGAUGACAAGAAUUUCAACGAUAUGGACUAUCCGUAUAACCAAAAUGUUACAUGUAUUGCUCAUAACUUCCAAGGGUAUGAUAGUUACUUUAUCAUGCAAUACUUACACUCUUACGGUGUUAUUCCGGAAGUUGUUUCUAGGGGCGGAAAAUUAAUUUCGAUCAAAGUUAAGGAUACAACGAUUCGAUUUAUUGAUUCGCUUUCUUUCCUACCUAUGCCCCUAUCAAAAUUACCUAAAACGUUCGGUAUCAAAGAAUUAAAGAAGGGAUACUUUCCCCAUAGGUUCAAUACGAUCGAAAAUAAAGAUUAUGUGGGCUCUUACCCCGAUAUAUCUAUGUUCGAUCCCGAUAAGAUGUCAGAAUCGGCCAGGGGUGAUUUUUUUGCUUGGUACAAUCAGAAACAAAACGAAGUAUUUAACCUCAGACAAGAACUCAUUGAUUACUGCAUAAGUGAUGUAGACAUUUUAAGGCGAUGUUGUUUAUCGUUUAGACACAUUUUUAAGCAAGUUACCACGCUUAACGAUGGUAAGGAUAAAGAAGGAGUAGAUCCAUUCUCUAACGGUUUAAUUACCAUAGCUUCAGCCUGCAAUUAUGUGUUUGCUAGGAAUUUUUUACAACCAAACACUAUAGCUAUAUUCCCACCUUCGGGUUAUCAGACUAUAGAUAAUCAUUCAUUUGCUAGUAUGGAGUGGUUAAGUUAUGAGUCAAAACAAAGGGGAAUACAUAUUAAUCACGCACGUAACGGGGGCGAGCAACGACUUGGGCCGUGUAGAGUCGAUGGGGCAUCUUUCGAACCCAAAAUUAUAUUUGAAUUUAUGGGAUGUCUAUUCCACGGGUGCCCUAAAUGCUAUCGACCCGAUUCUAAGAAUCCCUUCACUGAUGUAAAUAUGUCCGAUACUUAUCUAAAGACACUACAAAAAUCUGAGUUCCUAAAGGAAAAUUUCCCCGAGUUUGAAUACGUAGAAAUAUGGGAACAUGAAUGGAAGGAAAUUAAGAGAUCGUUAACUCCCAUUGAGAAACAAGAGGUACUUGAUGUUCCUUUCAUUCACCCUACCAUUAAUCCACGAGACGCUUUCUUUGGGGGAAGAACAAACGCCGCGCGAUUAUUUUACGAAGUUAAUAGUAACGAAGAAAUUCAUUACAUUGAUUUCACUAGCCUAUAUCCGUACUGUAAUAAAUACGGAACAUAUCCUGUUGGUCACCCAGAGAUUUUGGCAUCCAAAAAUAUGUCAACGGAUAUAAAUGAUUAUUUCGGCCUAGUUAAAUGCACAGUAGACCCACCUAAAAAUUUGCUUCAUCCCGUUCUUCCGUAUCGGAACAGCGGGAAACUUAUGUUUCCCUUAUGCCGCACUUGCGUUGAAAUGCAAUGCCAAAAUACAUGUACGCAUUCUGUUGACGAAAGGGCUUUAACUGGUACAUGGGUUACCACUGAAGUUCAGAAAGCAAGAAAACUUCUGUUACAAAAUGCCGAUAAAGAGUUGGUAACGACAAUCUGUGAGUGCGCGAUGAAUGUUUUAAAAGGCAGUGUUCCUAUAACCGCAGCUCAUAAGAAGAAACUGAGUAGACACAAGAAGAACUUGAGAGAUAUAAGUAAUAAGAAAAUUUCUGCAAUCAAGGGAAAACAAAUUUUGAUUCAGAAAGGUGGUUUCCUUGGUCUUGUUCUAAAACCUAUUUUACAGACUUUAGGAAGUCUACUGUUGAAAUAA